AUGGAAGUUCCAACACGAGAACUACCGACUUUAAUAAAGAGACUUUUAACAACGGACUCGGAAGAGCAGCUGGAGGAGUUUUUCACGUCGGAAGUAGAAUUCAGACACCCCCUCGUCAUUAUUCAGAGCAGUCGAGAUUCACGCAAUAAGCUUUUUUCGUUAUAUAAAUACUGCCAAGGUCCCCAUCAGGUGGAAGUACAUGAAGUUAUGUUCGAUCCACACAAGAAGGUAGGGUUUAUCCAUUACACGACAAAGUUGCAUCCGUUGCUCUUUCCGUAUUUGACCGUUGCUGUCAGAACAAUGAGCCAUGCAGACUUUCGCGUUAACAAUGACGGCAGAUGGGUUAUUUCCAAAAUGGAAGACUUUAUUUCUAUCGAAGAUCUUCUGAACUUGGUUGUUCCCUUUUCUCAACCGUUUGUGAAUUAUUUCAAAGCAAUCGGCGGUCUGGCUGGUAUUAGUGCUGGGAAGGUCUUGGAGAAAAUUGGGUGGCUCGAAAAGGAGGUUGAUCGGGAGACAUAUGACUUUGUUGUAGAAAGAUGA